AUGCUUCGACGCCCCUCUGGGAAGAACAUGGGGCCUUUGAGCUUCCGAUCUCUCUCUUAUCGGAGACCAUUUUUGGCAUCCCCCCACGCCAUUCUUCCCCGAUACCAGAGCAACUGGAACUCCGAUGCACGCGAAUCCCUCGAUGGACACACCCCCGAAACCCGGGAACAAAAGCAGCGGCGACAAGAUGAAGGUGCAAAAGUCACAUUGGAUGUAGAUUCCCUUGGAAAGCCAGGGCAGAUUGUUGUCGUGUCUGCCCGUCGCCGUCGAAUGUUGAAUGGCAAACGAAACCGCGAGCCCGAGUAUGCGCCCCGAGAAACGAUCAGCUCCAUGUUGGAUGAUCUGGACAAUGAGAUCUCAACUCCUAGUGAUACCUCGGUUCAAGAGCGCAUUGAUGCGAGUCGUGGGUCGUACCAAAUAAAAGAAACGUUGACGGCUAGCGAUUUCAAAGAACUGUGGUCUCAAUUGGCAUCAUCUUUCACGUACAAACAACUGUCGGACUAUAUAUUGGAACACAAACGCCGCUCGAAUGAGCUCAAAGACAAAGAGUGGACAUGGGGCCCUCAUUCCAAGGCCAAAGGAUCGGGGAGGGAAAGGACAAAAGUGUUCAAGGGUAAAGCCCGUCUUGCAGAGAUAAUUGCUCGGGAUUGCUGGCAGCUGGUAGUUGAUGGCGAGCUUGGGCAGCUAGAUUUCUAUCUCUCGGCACGUUCUAUCUCACUGCUUGUCCAUGCCGAACACUUCUCAUUUCACGAGCUAGCCAGUCUCCAUGGCUGCAGCAUUGACGUCACACAAUCUGAAGGUCUGGUUUCACUUACUGGCAAGCGGAACGAUUGCGAGUCUGUUCACGAAAUCAUUCUCGAUGCUACCUCGAGAACCCGCGAGGUGGAUGUUGGAAUCAGCACACAAAUCAAUGGUGAUGGAGGCCAGAUCUUCACUGCGGACUUUUUGGAAUGGGUCAACACAACAUACGGAGUCUUCGUCGAGAAAAGUGCAUACAUGCCCCCCUCGAAGAUCCUUUAUCUCGCUGAAAAUAAAUCGGGGGCAGAGAAUGCCCGCCGAACGUUGAACCUGGCGCUAUCCAACACCACCUCAUCCUCAACGCCCUUCUCUACAUAUCUACCUGCUUCGGAGGUCGCGAGUGCUUAUAGCUACAGACCAGAAGCAUAUGCAUCUUGGUUUGAGCGUCAAAAGUCAUGGUUCCGAUGGGCGAUGUCCUCUACUCAAAAUGCAGAGGCAGAAACCCUUGAAUCUCCUUUCUUUGAUAAACACCAAACUCGACUCUCAGAUGAGCUGCUGAAGCUUCUUCGAGACGCCACACCAUUGAACUCUACCUCUGUCGAUGGCCUACAUGAAUCUGUCACGGCCACAAUUGGAAAGUGUUUCUUCAUGCAAAAGCCAUCCUUCAAUCACACAUCUAUCAGUCCCACGCAAUUAGGGAGAUUGGCCUUGCCUCGUAUCUUCGUCAACGAUGGUCCUCUGGUGACACAGCUCAUGAAUGCGCUUUUGCCCGCCCUCCCAAAGAAAGAUACGGAGUUAUAUCGAUUGCGGCUGACUCCAACUUCGAACGCACAUGCUUUGCCGGAUCUUGAAAUCGAGGUCGCCAUGGAUUCAUUAAUAAUCGGCGAAAUAAAUGUCCAGAGCGUCAAGGCUAUUCGGAGCGCAAAUAGUGUUGAUUAUCUACUCCCAGAAAAUGGCCUAGAUCUGCGCUUUACGCGUACAAUCUCUCAGGAACUACUGCAUCAGUCUUCUCUCGACUCUGAUCUUACCCAAGCUUCCUCGCCAGAGAUGCAAGAGUUGCUACAAAGUAUCAAGGAACCCCUUCAAGGCCUGUUCGCCGCAAUAGGGGCUUUCAGUGGCCCUGUACCACCGCCUGCGUUCUGCAAUAUAUCUCUUCCUCAAGGCAUAAUCAAACAGCCCGCCUCAAAUGCCGAGCUGGCGGUUCCUACCGAGGGCAGCCUCACUGCUGAGUACAUGUUCCCUCCUCUGAGUGAUAUCCGAGGUGCCAAUGUCCAAAGGUACGACUUUGAUGGACGACCACUCGAUUAUCGAUACUACGAGAGCGGUCCGUUCCUUGCUGCUCGCACGAAUGAGAUUUCUUUAGGAAUGGUGAUUCCGCCAAUCGACCCAGCUGCGGAAGAUGAGAAGUCACAGGAACUUCUUGAUCAUGAGUUUCAUUCUUUCUAUAAUGCGGCAUGUGACAUGGCAUUCAAAAUUCAUGGCAGCAGAUAUGCGGAUUAG